ACAAAUAGUCGCCGACCGACUGCCAAUCCGCCUCUCUCUCCCUCUCUCCACAACAUGACUGACUGGGAAGCGGUGGCUCAGGCAGAGCAGCUCUGCGGGCGCGGGCAGGAGGAGCAGGAGGAUUAUUAAAUAACGCAGCUCCACUCUGUACAACUGGAGUGGAGAGAAGGAGCCCAACAUCCGCGAAGGGGAGGGAGGGCGGAGGAGGGGGACCGGGAAAGACAGUCCCGUGCCCCGAAGACAUAAAUCCCCGAGUGCCCGGGAGGAGCCUAACAAGCGGCGCGGAGCCCUCAAGGUUACUAAGUUAGCUAUCGCAGCACAAGCCUUGGAGUCCCAAUGGGGGACUCUGGAUCAAGACGAUCUACUCUGGUCUCCCGGUUGCCAAUUUUCAGAAGGAGUAUUAGCAGAAAACACGAUUCCCUUCCUUCUUCACCCUCCUCCAGUAAUACGGUCGGUGUCCACAGCUCCUCUCCUUCCAGCACUAACUCAAGCUCAGGUAGUACAGGUAAACGCAGAAGCCUCUUCCGUACUCCAUCCAUCAGCUUUCAUCAUAAGAAGGGGAGUGAACCUAAGCAAGAACCUACCAACCAGAACCUUGGUAUUUCAAAUGGUGCUCAACCUGGUCAGAGCAGUAUGCAAAAACUGAGUUUGGAAGAACAUACUAAAGCCAGGGGAAGACAUUCUGUUGGUUUUAGCACUUCCCGAAAUAAGAAGAUAACAAGAUCUUUGACAGAGGAUUUUGAAAGGGAAAAGGAACACUCGACUAAUAAGAAUGUCUUCAUAAAUUGCCUAAGUUCUGGGAAAAGUGAGGGGGAUGAUUCUGGGUUCACAGAAGAACAAACUCGCCGUUCUGUUAAGCAGUCAACAAAGAAGCUCCUUACUAAAUCUUUCUCAUCUCACUACAAAUUUUCUAAGCCAGUUCCACAGAGCCAAUCUAUUUCACUGGUACAACAAUCUGAAUUCUCAUUGGAAAUUACACAGUACCAAGAACGGGAACCUGUAUUAGUAAGAGGUUCUCCAUCUUGUUCUAUGGAUGUAACAGAACGGGCAGGUAGCUCUUUACAGUCUCCAUUGCUUUCUGCUGAUCUUACUACAGCUCAGACACCUUCAGAGUUCUUAGCCUUGACUGAAGAUUCUGUGUCUGAAGCGGAUGCAUUUCCUAAAAGUGGAAGUAUGGCAUCCCACUGUGACAACCUUGGCCACAAUGAUUCUACCUCUCAGAUUUCUCCCAAUCCUGCUGCUGUUACAAAGACCACAAGAGACCUUAGGGGAACCGUUCCCUGUGCAAUUGUGUCUCCUGGGAAAUACAGAUCAGAAGGUCGAUGUAGCACUGAAUCUAGUUCUUUCCCGGAAACCUCUGCUGCUAAUCAGAAGGAAGUGUUAUUGCAAAUCACUGAACUACCUGUUAUGAAUGGGAGUAACUCAGAGACUCACCUCUCAACUGAUACAAGAGAAGAGCAUGUGGUAAUACAAAAUGGUGAAACAAUGUUGGCAACAAGCUCCCCAAGGAAAUUUGGAUUUUAUGAGCACCAUAAAGCAGUAGCUGAACGUGUGAAAGGGAUCCAUCCUAUUUCAGAUUCAAGGAUAAUACCCUCUUCUGGUGAUCAUCAUGUUUUAAACAAAACUUCAUAUGGAUAUGAUGCAAAUCCUGCCAAAGUUCUUGCCAGUAGCCUCAGUCCAUACCGUGAAGGAAGAUUUAUAGAGAGGCGACUGCGAUCCUCAUCAGAAGGGACUGCAGGGAGUAGCAGGAUGAUUUUGAAACCAAAAGAUGGAAAUGUAGAAGAAGUUAAUAGUCUAAGGAAGCAAAGAGCAAGUUCAUCAUCUUCAAAAAUGAACAGCAUGGUAAGUAUAUAUCUAUGCUUGUGUAUAAUAAAAUAAUCCCAUAUAUUACUGGCAUGUUCAUG